ACAGAGAGGGAAUGUGUGUUUAGUGAAGCACAGAGAGACACCUGGAGACCAACUGAAGUCUUUACUGCUCCAGCUGAUCGAGGCAUUCAGCCACUUGGAUUUAGUUUGUCUGCAGUGACAGAAGACUCUCUAACUCCUCUGGACAGCAAACACAGAAACACACUAUACUUCCUCUCAUUCUGAGCUGCUCACCUCCUCUUUCACUUGUUUUGAGAGUGCAGGGAGCUGCUGUUUGCCUGGUGUGCAGCCUGUAGUUGGUGCUCGGUGAUGUCGUGGGACUGUGGGCUGAAGUACGUGUUCUCCGUGCCCCCCGCGCUGCAGCCGGGCAGCAUGUGCAUCCUGCAUGACAAGGAGGACUUGUCCAGGCUGGAGAUGGUCCAGAGACUGGCCAAGGAUGGCUGCCGCUUCCUGCAGAACCACAGCAAGGGCCCAGAGAGGACAAGUGAGCCCCACAGUGACGAGGCAGUCCGAGUGUGUCUGAGGGAGCGAGGCCACGAUGUGCUGGUUCUCCAGAGGAUAUCGUCACAGCAGCCAGCCCUCUCUGCAUCGGCGAGGGGAGGAGGGAGAGAGGAGGCGAGGAGCAGGAGGUACGUGGUGGUGUCAGGAACCCCGGAGAAGAUCCUGGAGCACCUGCUGAAUGACCUCACACUGGACAAGGACCAGGGGGCGGAGUCAGAUACACUGCUGGAUGAUUUCCUGCUGACCUACCCAGUGUUCAUGUCAACCAGCGAUUUAUGCCAAGCUCUGCUCGGACACUAUUGCACCAAGCGGCAGAGAGGGAAGGAGGACAGGAAGGAGGACAGGAAGGAGGACAGGAAGGAGGCUCUGGAGAGGAAACGAAAGGUCCUUCACCUGGUGUCCCAGUGGAUGUCCCUCUGUGGAGACUUCCUGAGGGAAGACGAGCACGUCAAGCUGUUCAUGAAGACUCUGUGUCGUUACGUGUUGGAUGACCUGUAUGAACAUCCGUCGCUGGAGAAAGAUGUGGGAGACCUGCAGAAAGUCUACAUGCUGCACCGCAGACAUACGAUGGAUGAAUAUUCCCCUCAGAGAAAGAGCAGAGCACUUUUCCACCAAUUGAGCCUGAAAGAGAACGGGCUCCAGCCCAGAGGAGCCCUGAGGGACGCCAAGGAGGUGCUGUGUCACAUGUACAUCAGCAUGGACUCGUUCCUCAGUAUGAGGGUCCAGGUUGGAGUCGUGGCCCAGGAGCUGCUGCAGGCGGUGGCAGACAGGAUGGAGGUCCCACUGGGAGAACUGGUGCUAGUGGCCGUCACUUACAAUGGAGGGCGGCUCCUGCUGCAGCCUCAGGACCGAGUCUUCUCCGAGGCUCUGCGGCCGGUCGGGAGGCUGCAUGUCUGCAGGAAGGACCUGGGGGAAGUCUUGAAUCCGUUCACAGAUAACUCGGAGCUGCAGCAGCGGACGGCUCGGAUGCUCAGUCUGAACACGUGGGACGUUGCUGUCGCUCUCACCAACUUUGACUGGAGCAUCUUUGACUCAAUACACGAGCAAGAACUCGUCUAUUUCACCUUCAGCCGCCACAGCAGCAGCAGCCACACGGUGGCGCUAGAGCUGCUGCUGCAGCGCUGCAACGAGGUCCAGCUGUGGGUGAUGACCGAGGUGCUGCUCUGCCCCACGCUCUGCAAGAGAGUCCAGCUCAUCAAGAAGUUCAUCAAGAUCGCUGCUCACUGUAAAGCUCAGAGGAACCUCAACUGUUUCUUUGCCAUCAUAAUGGGCCUGAACACUGCAGCUGUUAGCCGCCUCAGUCAGACGUGGGAGAAAAUUCCUGGGAAAUUCAAAAAGCUGUUUUCAGAGCUGGAGACAGUUACAGACCCGUCUCUGAAUCACAAAGCCUACAGGGACUCCUUCAGGAAGAUGAAGGCGCCAAAGAUCCCUUUUCCUCCUCUGCUGCUGAAAGAUAUUACGUUCAUUCACGAAGGCAACAAGACGUUUCAUGAUAACCUGGUCAAUUUUGAAAAGCUGCACAUGAUAGCAGACACGGUGCGUCUCAUCCGCCAGUGUCAGAAAGAUCACAUGGGUAACAGCAUCAGCCAGAAGAGCAGCUCAGAGGUUCGAUCCUACAUCGAUUACCUUCACAUCAUCGACAAUCAGCAGACUCUGUUUGAGCUGUCUCACCGGCUGGAGCCUCGAGCUUAGAGACUCUCACUGCUCCUCACUGUGUCUCUGAGCGUCAGACCGCCAAGGAACAAUCUGCUGCUGUCUCUUCUUCUAUCUCAGGACUCAGUCAGCAGCCAGAGCAGCUGCAGGACCCAGGUCCACCACCGGAGGGAGCCGCUCAAUCAGGAAACCCUCGCCAGAGCUGAAAAAGACUCAAUGGAUUCAUGUUUGCAUAGAUCCACAGCAGUGUCACUGAUCAAAAAAAAAAAAAACUCCAACAUGUGCUGGCUGAUGGCAAGGAUAAACAUGGAUGUGUAGAUGUGCAGGUCCAGACCUGCUGCUGCUAUAACUAUAUCCUUUCUACAGAUGCAGAGGCUGCAGCUGCAGAGUUGUAUGGUCUAUGAUACAACAGCUCCCCCUUGUGGAGAAUCCACAGCGUGCAAAAACAGUUUGCAAGUGCUUCCCAUCUAAUAGAAAGCUUCAGAAAACAAGUGUGCAAGUGUGUAAGUAUGUUAGACAACAUCUCUGACUGGCCUUCCCAUCAAUCACAUCACAUAAAGUGACCAGGAUGCAGAUUAACUCAUGACGCUGCACAUCUAUUUGUAUUUUCAGAUCUGGCAACAGAGAGUCAUCUGAGUUAACCAAAGAGUAUUUCAGUCCUGUAUUGUAAACACACACUUGUCCACAAGAUCCAGAUCCAGUUUUCUUUGCCAGAUGUAGGAAAUGAUAGUUCAGCACAACAAGCAGAAUCUAGAUGACAGAAACAGUGAAAUGAUUGUUAAAUAAUUACUGUUUUAAUGUAUUCAUGAUCUAUUUUUACAUCGCAGAAUUAUCUUAUCGCACAGUUUUCUAUUGUUUUACCAUGAAAUGAGUUAGAAGAGGCAAUCCAGGUGGUAUUAGAGCAGGACACACAGUAUUUCUCUGAUGUGUGAGUUAUAAUCAUGUUUGUUAGUGCCAAAUGCCAUGAAACGAUCAUUCAAAGUAGUUGAUCAUCUUUUUAAAUGUAGAACAAUCUCCAUGUAGUUGAGCUGUGGACAAUCAGUUAAAUCAAGCAGCAGACCUGUACUCAGACAUUAGUAUUGGUCUUUAAAGUUCAGGUUAAAACACAUUUCACCAUUAGUUUGUGUUUGAUUUGUGGAGGUUUGCAGAUAUGAUGAAAUAUUACUCACAACAAUAACAAUAAGCCCUUUCCUGCUACAGAGCUACAGCUUAGAGUAUCUUUUUUAUCCUCAGUAAAUGUACAGAUAGAUAGAUUAUUGUAAAGGAAAAAUAAGUUUCAUUGUUUUGGAUUCUGGGUUAUGAAGAAAAGAGCAAUAGCAAAAACAGCGACUACAGCACCUUCUGGACAAGAGAAAGAGAGAAAGAGUAUUUAUACAGUGUGUGGUAACACUGCUGUAUAAAAUAUUAUAGUGUAGUAAUAGAGGAACUGUACAGUAUUUAUUCUUGAUUGGUCAACUGAAAAUUCUCUCUUCUGCCUGAAGGCGAGGCCGUUUAAAGUAGGCGCUGUGAAGUGUUGUAGAUGGAAUUUUUCAUGAUAUUCUUGACAUUUUAUUUGUAUAUUUUGUAUUAUAAAGCUCACAGUGAACAUAGAGAGAAACAUGCUUUAGCAUUAUCUUAUUAUCUUAUUUUCAAUUUCAUUUGUAUCAUCUACAAUGUACAGGUGAUUCUAUUUAUACUGUAUAUAUAUGUUAAGAUUCUGGAUACAGAUAUUUAUUUAAUUCAGAAUUAUUUAUUUGUUCUAUAGAUUUCUUUUAUUAGUUCAGUUUGAUUUCAUGUUUUUUUCUUUUUGUACGCACCGUUUGGAUGGUCUGCAUGAUAUGGAAAACCAUUGAUUGACCACCAGUGUCAACUGUGCAUGCAAUAAAAUAUUUUCCAUCAGCAUAA